AUGUCAGUCAGUAAUACGGCUAGCACCAAUUACACCAACAGUGUCUUGGAACGGAAGUAUAACCAUGUUACUUUGAAGACAUUGACUGCCUACGAGCUGCUGCAACAAAGAGAGAGCAUGUGUGAACUAUUCAACCUCACUGACGACAGCGAAAGACAUGGCACUAUCGUCAACAUUGAGACGCAAAAACGAACGCUGGAGGAAAUGAAAGACCGAGUUAAGCGGCUCCAGGAAGAGCAGUGA